AUGCCCAAAAGCCUCGUCAAAAAACUAACCCGGUCAUCUGUCGCCUUUCGACACGCUACGCGGAACUACACUCAAAAUACACACAAUAGUUCACUCUACACUCUACCAUAUGAGAUUAUCCAGCACAUCGGCACGUUGCUAAGCUAUGCGGACCGUGUUUGCUUCGCAUCAACGAGCUAUAAAUAUGCCGAUGCCCUUUUCGCUAUCUGCGAUCCACUGGGCGUCAAGCAACUGCACGUCAAAGAUAUCAGGAGCAGAAUAAGAAGAGACCAUUUUUACGGUAACGACUGCUGUUUUCAGGCCUGGAUUGGACGCAGAGUUGGCGGCCGCAUGCUCGCUUUAGGUUUCCAGAGGACACGAUGGCACAACCACGACACUUGCGCAAAUGCUUCCGAGCAACCGAUGGUCCCUUUUUCAUGUGUCCACACAACGAGUUUACUUUCUUGGAAAUGGCUAGCCUAUUGCGAAAGAAUGCGAGAAAAGGUCGUCAGAACAAGUUUGGCGACUUUUUCCAUUGCAUCGAGUGCUACGAGCUUCCGCAUCAAAGACGCCGUCCAGGCUGUGCCUGUCUCGGUUCAACAAACGAAAGAUGCACUGGCUCUUCUGAACCUCAAGAUCUGUCCCCACAUGACUGCUUGUGAUACAGAAGCAAUCGAGCGUAUGGUGGGGGACCGCCAGGAGAUCAUGAUGGAAGGUCGCUUCUCAAAGCGCAUUAGCAUUGACUGUAGCACUUGCCAAACAACGUUCAGCAUCAAGAGAAGGGUCCCGUUCCACGAGGUUGUGGUGGAAGUUGAGCGAAGGCUAGGCCGGGUCAAACGGGAGGGCGACCCAAUCUGGAGGGCGCAUCUACCGAGGAAAGCCGGCACUUCUUGAUACCGGGGCUAUCUGAUACCGGCUGCAACUAAAGGCCGUGUAGU